CCAGGCUGGUGGUGAGGUGGUUUGUAAACGAGAGAAAGAAGAGCUGCUGAGUAGGCCCACUUCCAGGGUUGGCGGAGCCCCAGCCUCACAGUUUACAAGAGGAGGUCCAUGGCUCCUUUCUCCGGGGAAGCACUGGACCAACCACUCACUGGGAAAACAAGUGCUGGUGCCAGAGCCUCCUGUGGAUUCCAGGCUGCCUUUGCAGAGACAGGCCCAUGGAUCCAGUCCGGGUUGCCGUGGUGGGGGCAGGUGUGAUGGGGCUCUCCACCGCUCUGUGCAUUUCCGAAUUGGUCCCAGGAUGCUCCAUCACAGUCAUUUCAGACAAGUUCACUCCUGAGACAACGAGUGAUGUGGCAGCUGGGAUCCUUAUUCCCCACGUUUAUCCAGACACACCCAUCCACAAGCAAAAGCAGUGGUUCAGAGAGACCUUUGACCACCUAUCGGCAAUUGCCAAUUCUGCAGAAGCCGGGGAGGCUGCCGUUCACCUGGUGUCUGGUUGGCAGGUAUUUCAGAGCAUUCCUACUGAACAAGUGCCAUUCUGGGCUGACGUGGUUCUGGGGUUUCGAACGAUGACCGAGGCUGAGCUGAAGAAAUUUCCCCACCAUGUGUUCGGUCAGGCUUUUACAACGCUGAAAUGCGAAGGUUCGGCCUACCUCCCAUGGUUGGAGAAAAGGGUAAAAGAAAGGGGCGGCAUGAUACUCACCCGGCGAAUAGAAGACCUGUGGGAGCUUCACCCGUCCUUCGACAUCGUGGUCAACUGUUCGGGCCUGGGAAGCAGACAGCUGGCUGGAGACUUGGAGAUUUUCCCCGUGAGGGGCCAGCUACUUAAAGUCCAGGCUCCCUGGGUGAAGCAUUUUAUCCGAGAUGGGAGCGGACUGACAUAUAUUUACCCCGGUGCAUCCAACGUAACCCUGGGUGGAAGUAGGCAAAAGGGAGACUGGAAUCUGUCCCCAGAUGCAGAAAUUAGCAGAGAUAUUCUUUCCCGAUGCUGUGCUCUGGAGCCCUCCCUCCACGGAGCCUGGGACAUAAAGGAGACGGUGGGCUUGAGGCCCUACAGAGCAGGUGUUCGGCUGCAGAAAGAGCUCCUAGCCCGGGAUGGCCGGAGGCUGCCUGUGGUCCACCACUAUGGCCACGGGAGCGGGGGCUUCUCCAUGCACUGGGGGACGGCUCUGGAGGCCACCAGGCUGCUAAAGGAGUAUGUUCAAGCCCUCAGGGCCCCUGCUCCCAAGUCAAAGAUGUAAGUGACAUGAAAUGACAGCAAAUGGCCCAGGAGACUACUGACCAACAUAAUUUCUGAUACAAUGUGUGUGAGCAGAUUUGGAACUAGUACUAAUCUAAUCUAGUGCUAUUCUGGUACUAGAUUUACAUCUAUUACUAAUCACCUGGAACAUAAAGCUCUAUUUCUAUUAAAAAUAAAGAUUUUGAUAAAAAAGAUUUCUUUUAGAUCUAGUGUCCAAGAAUCUAUGCUAAUUUACAUGGAUGCUGGAAGCUGUAGGGAUUUCGACAUAUUUGGCUCAUAAAUCCAUAGGAGGAGACAAGGCAUGGGAGUCACUGAGCUCACUGCCAGUUGCAGAGCUGCCCAUGAUGCUCCCUGGUUGUAGUCGAAUGAGAUUAAAGUCCUCAUAAAUAAAAUUACACGGGGAUCACGCGAUACAAGUUUAUUACAGUUAAUGAAAGACAAAGCAUGACUCCUGCUAGAAGAAUUCCUGGUAGAAGACACAGUGGCAUCAACUCCAUAGCUGUCUGGGGCCAACUCCCUGAGGGCCGUACUUUGCAUUACCAUGGGCAAUUGAGAGCUGGCUUGUUGUAUGGUGGACGGUGCCCAAGCAUUUUUGAAGAUUGAAUAGAAUGUGCAGCCAAAGAGCUAAUUUGCUAAUUAAGAUGGAACAAUCCUUCUGAAUGAAAUAUAACCAGAGUUUUUUUGCAAGUUUCAAAAAAAAAGUUCUGGGGAGGAGGGGUUGUGUCUCAUGAUAAAAUGAGUUUGGGAAUUA